AUCAGCGCUGAGUUGGUCUUAAUUGGGUUUGGCCGAGCGAGCGCGUUGGGAGCAAAGAAAAAAAAAUUUGGGUCUCCGUCUGCGGUCUGAUCUUCUUCCAUCUCUGCACUUUUUCUACUCUACAAAGAAGGAAGAAUAAGGAAUAUGACUGUGGCAAAGAGAAAGAGAGAGGAGGUGACGGUGGAAAAUGGCAACAACGAGUCUGUGGACGUCGAGGAGAACGCGUACUCUGAUGGGUUCGACGAAAGCGAGGAGGACGAGGACAUGGCCUCAGACGACGGAGAUGGCGAUGAUUUGGCCUCUUCAGCUACCGGCAGCAAGCAGCAGCUGCAGAAGAAGAAGAAGCCAAAGGCAGCCCAUCUUGCUGACGACCUGCGGAAUCUGCAGGAGGCAGUGCAGCUCUACAAGUCCAACAUCUUCAAGCUGGAGAUCGACGAACUGCUAAAAGAACUCAAGGUCGACGAGACAAAGACAAAGGCCGUCGACCGUGUGCUGCACAAGCUCAAGGACUUUAUCGAAGCGAUCCCGGACAGCAAGCAAGACCUGAUGCUGUCCGAUGCCGAGAAGACGAUUUCCAAGAGCGGGAUCGCGAUCCCGUUCCCGGACCCAAAGCCGCCUAAAGAUGCGCAGUACCGGUUCGCGUACAGCACGCCGUCGGACUUUAAUUUAGUGGGAAGCUACGCGUUGAAGACGAUGAUCAAGAGUCCCGAGCGGUUUGCGAUCGACGUCGUGGUCGAUAUGCCGGCGGCGUUGUUCACGGAGAAGGAUACGUUGAACUACAGAUACUUUCACAAGCGCGCGUUUUACCUUGCGUACAUCGCCGCCGCGUUCAAAAACAGCGAGCAGCUCAACUUUGAUCUCUCUUAUGAGUUUCUCGACGGCGACCAUUUACGUCCCGUGCUUAGACUUGACUCUCUGAAAGACGGCAGCGAGUCUGACUUCCACAAAGCAAAAUGCUAUAUCCGAAUCGUCCCCGGCAUCGCAAAAGACACGUUCCCAAUCUCCAAGCUCUCGCCUGCCCGCAACUGUGUGCGCUACGCGUCCGUCUCGCCGCAGCAGCAACUCAAGCCGACGCCGUACUACAACUCCAGCAUUCUCAGCGACACGCAGCACUUUUCCAGCACGGUGUUUAUCAACAAAGCGAUCAAAUCCAGCGACGGCUUCCGCGACGCGGUCAAGCUCGGCGAUAUCUGGCUUCGGCAGCGCGGGUUUUCGUCUGCGACGGCGGGAUUCGGUGCGGCGGAGUGGGCGGUUUUGAUGGCGGCUUUGCUGGUUGGCGGGGGAGCUAGAGGGUCAAAGGUUUUGGCGAAUGGGUUUAGUAAUUAUCAGCUGUUUAAGGCUACGCUGGGAUAUGUCGCAAGUACAGAUAUCGCGGAGACGCCUGUCGCUGUUGGUGUUGAGGGAAUUGACUUUGACAAGUCUGUGUUUGACGGACGUCCGGUGUUGGUCCAGAACGAUGUCAACCUGAAUGUUCUCUACCGCAUGUCUCCAUCAGACUACAGCAAGUUCCGCCAUGAGGCAGCGCUGACAGUCAAAGAGCUCGACGACGUGAACGGCGACCACUUUGACUCUGUCUUUCUUGAAAAAGUAGACAGCGUGAUCUACCAAAGCGAUCUGACCUUUUGCGCCAAAUUCCCACCAGAAGACAAGUCCUUCCGCGACCUCGGCCGCGUGUUCAACCCGUCCUACUACGGCUACCUUUCCGCGCGCGUGUACGAGGUCCUGAAGCAAGGACUUGGCGAGCGCGUGGAUUUGAUUUCGGUUCGCGCGACGGAGAACUUCAAGUUUGCGGUGGAGAGCCGGAAGCCGUCGUCCUCCGGCGAGCCUGCGUUCACGAUCGGCCUGCUUCUGAAUCCCGAGCACAGCGAGCGGUUGGUGAUCCACGGCCCGUCGGCGGAGGACAAGCAGGCGUCGGCAGAGUUCCGCAAGUUUUGGGGCCGCAAGUCUGAGCUGCGGCGGUUCAAGGACGGGAGUAUCACAGAGAGCGUGGUGUGGGAGCCGCGGGCGGAGGAGAGUGUGGUGACGCAGAUUGUGAGGUACGUGCUCGAGCGACAUGUGGGCGAGGCGAUGACGAAGGGGUUGUAUGUGGUUGGGGAUGGGUUGAAUAAGAUGUUUGCGCAGGAUCGGGAGCUGGCGGACGCGCCGGGGACGAACGCGAUCGCGCUGUAUCAGAAGAACUUGGACGAGUUUGAUCUGCUGCGGAAGAUGCUGAUUGACAUCGACGACCUGCCGUUGAAGGUCAGCGCAGUUCUGCCUGCCUCAGAGCGGCUGCGGUACGCGAGCGUUCGGCCGCCGGUGGAGUUUUCGGUGCACUCUAGCGAGGAUUUCUCAAACGUCGUGAUCGAGCUUGAGACGUCGGCCAAGUGGCCUGACGAUCUGAAGGCGGUGCAGCACAGCAAAGCUGCGUUUUUGCUGGGCAUCGGGCAGAGUCUUUGCCGGAUGGAUCCGACGGUGGUGACAAACACCGGGCUGGACCGGGACCCGGACACGAUUGAGAAUUUCGCGUUCCUGGACGUGCUGAUGCCGUCCGGGUACGCGUUCCGGGUGCGGCUGCGGACAGAGCGCGAGGCGGCGAUGUUGAGGAAUUACAAGCCGGACCGGGAUCUCGGUCUGCGCGGGUUCAAGACGCUCGAGCGGGAGUUCACGUUGGCGGCGCGGCAUACGACGGAGUUUGCGACGCUGUGCCACCGCUACCCGUUUUUAUCGGGGACGGUUCGGCGCGUGAAGAAGUGGCUGCACGCGCACUACCUGAGUGAUCAUUUUGACGCGGUGACGGUGGAGAUGUUGACGCUGGCGGUGUUUUUGAAGCCGUUCCCGUGGAGCGCGCCGGCGUCGUCGUAUACGGGCUUUCUACGGGUGCUGUAUUUCCUUGCGCAUUGGGACUGGCGUAGCGAGCCGCUGAUCUUGGAUGUGGAUCAGACGCUGACGAUUGCGGAUGUGCAGGGGGUGCGGGAGAAGUUCAAGCAGCAGCGGGCGAACGAUCCAGAGCUGUCACAAGGGGCGCUGUUUAUUGCAAUCAACUACGAGCGCAGCGGGAUGAUGUGGACGCAGCCGAAUCCGCGGAAGGUGAUUGCGAGCCGGAUGACAGCGCUGGCGAGGGCGAGUUGCGCGGCGCUGAAGAGCGGCGGGGUUGUGUUUGGCGGGGAGGCGGACGAGUUUAGGAAGUUGUUUGUGUCGCCGGUGGAGGACUUUGAUUUCGUGAUUUAUCUGGAGAAGAUUCCGGCGGAGGAGAGCGCGUAUCCGCCUGGCGUUGAGCAGCUGAACGAGCCGGUCGAGCUGUACUUUAAGGAGCUGGAGAGCGUGUUUGAUGGCGCGGCGGUGUUUUUCCGCAACAGGCUGCGGAACGACGUGAUUGCGGGGGUGUGGGAUCCGCGGAUUAUGGCGGAGAGAAGCUGGAAGGUGUAUCUUGGGUACUCUACGAGGCCGGUGCAGGAGGAGGGGGUUGAGCAGAAGGGGACGGCUACGGUGCGGGCGAAUGUGGAUGGGAUGGUGAGGGAGAUGGAGAGGUUGGGCGGAGAUUUGGUGAGGGAGGUGGUGAGGAGAGCAUGAGCAUUGUAAAUACUAGAGUUAAUAGAGAAUGUUGAUAGAUAACACGUGUAGUUGAUCAUAACAACAAAAAAAGAAAACAAAACA